UCACCACCUCCAGACUUCCGGUUCCGGUUCUCAGGUUUCAGGAGCGGUUGUAGCUAUGGAGGAACCCGAGAUGCAGCUCAAGGGAAAGAAAGUUACAGACAAGUUCACUGAGAGCGUCUACGUCCUGGCCAAUGAGCCGUCUGUGGCCUUGUACCGGCUACAGGAGCAUGUGCGCCGCUCUCUGCCAGAGCUGGCCCAGCAUAAGGCCGACAUGCAGCGAUGGGAGGAGCAGAGCCAGGGAGCCAUCUAUACAGUGGAGUACGCCUGCAGUGCCGUGAAGAACCUCGUCGACAGCAGCGUCUACUUCCGCAGUGUGGAGGGUCUCCUGAAACAGGCCAUCAACAUCCGGGACCACAUGAAUGCCACCGCCCAGGGCCACAGCCCCCAGGAGUUGCCCCUGCCCUCCUCAGCCUGAUCCCAGAAGAGACUCUGAGGGCUUUGGCCCCUCCAACCAGGGUCCUACAUACAGCUCUGAAUUUUACAGAAGAGGAAACAGAGGCUCAGAUGGGCAAGGCAGGGUCACCACUGAUGACUGAAAGUGCAGUCACACCAAGACCUCCAGUGUCCUGGGGCUUCUCCUCUUCCCUUGCCCCUAUCAGGCCCCUGCCUCAGGUAUCACCUCACUGGGGUCAUCCUGAAGCCCCAGGGGCCUUUCAGACCUCCUUGUCCUGACCCUUGUCCUGCCUCCCCAAGCCAGACCAGAGUUGGACCCUUGGACACAACCUUGUGAGACCUAUCAGGGUCCAAAGACUGAGCAAGUGUGGCCAGCACAGUCCUCUCACUCCUGCCCCUAGCUUCCUGAGACAAGGUAUUGUUGUCCUUGGACUCCUACCCCACAUUAGCCACGUCCCUUCGGACCAAUAACUGUCACUGUGUUAAUCCCCCUUGACCACGCUGUGUUUGUGGCUUUGCCACAGUCUUCUUUCAUCUUUAAACAGCCCAAUAAGGUGGGUAUCACCCUUAAAUACAGAUGGGAAAAGAGAGGCUCCAAGAGGUGGUGUGACUUAUACAAGGUCACACAGCUAGAGGAAGCAACCCCCUCCCUGAUUUGGUCCCAGUCUGCCUCUGACAUGCUGUGUGACAUGGGGCCUAGAACUGGCCCUCGCUGGUCCUCCAUUUCUCCAUAUGGACAAGGAAGGCUGGACUGGACCUUCUCUGCAGGUUGAGGUGGACAUUCACAUACAUGCCUGUCUGGCCUCCAUUCUGCCUCAAGCAGAAACACCCAUCCUGGGUGUAGGCCAUAUGGUGAAGCUACCAUGGGACCCUGGAUCCAGCUGUACCUGGCACUAAUUCCUAAAUUACUGUAUUUGCCA